GGUAUGGCUGAGUGUGAAGUAAACUACGCAUGUGCCUGUGGUAAAUCCAUGCCACUAAUACACCUUUUCUUCUGCAAGUAUUGUGUCACACUACGAUGUCCCAAAUGUGUUUCACAUGAAGUAGAUUCUUACUAUUGUCCUCAUUGCCUUGAGAACAUUCCUUCAGCUGAAGCUAAGUCUAUGAAGAACAAAUGCCAAAGCUGCCUUGAAUGCCCCAACUGUACCAAUAUCCUCCAAGUUCGCUCUGCACAAGUACCCAUGGUGCGACGUGAAGCUGGAAAAGUAAAGGGAUUUGGCCAAUUUAAAAAGGUAUAUUAUCUCCAAUGUUCAUUUUGUUUCUGGACAACUCGAGAUGUAAACCAACCUGACAAAGCUGCUUCCAAUGGUCCAUGGAUUGAACCACAAGUGGAGGAUAAUUGGAUGUCAGGCAUUGUCAAUUACUACAGACAUUUGAUACAGAAAGAAAAGGUUGAGAUGGAAAAACGAAAGCGUCAAAGAAGAGGUAGCUUCCUUGGAUCUCUUGGAAUCAGUGACAAGCUAUUACCCUUCUCUAAAUUAGCUCGAAGUUCAUUUAGCAUGAAUCUAACUGGAACAGGUCAGUUUGAUGAAAAUAUUGUCAAUAAUUUCACUCCCCUUGAAGCAGAAGAAGAAACAGAACCUGCUGAUGAAAAGUACUACACUGCCCCAGGGGAGCCUUACCACUAUGCCUCCGUUGCCAGUCGAAUUAAUCAGCCAUCUAACGAAGUGUAUUAUGCCUGCGAUCUGAAGCCAAACUGCACACAUCUUAUGGUCAAAAGGUCACAGAGAUGCAGAGAAUGUGAACAUAAUCUUAGUAAGCCUGAGUUUAACCCGUCCUCUAUUAAAUUCAAAAUUCAUCAGAUUGCUCUACGAUUUGUGCCUAGGUUUAGAAUUGUGAAGAUGGUAUCUUUAAAACCUGGGGAGUUUACAAAAGUUCACUUCUCUCUUACUAACCCAACUGAGUACAAUCUACCUGUGGAACUUUUGCCCUUGCCUGAAGGUCACCCAUCUUAUUCCAAACUUACUACAGAAAUUAAGUUACCAGAUAAAGAGCUAAUGCUGGCUGCUAGGGAUGACACUGCGCAGUAUGACACAGAUGCUUCAAUUCAAGACUUUGACGAUGACCCUGACAUAGUUGUUGCCAGGAGAAUGAAUAAACUCACAUUUGUCAUCUCUGUAAAACCACUUGGAACAUCUGGUUCUGUCAUCAUGGGUUUUCAGCUCAAAGUACAAGUACAAGGCUAUGACUCCUUCUAUUCGACCUGAGGAGCAGAAGGAUCCUGAAGAUGUAAAUGUUAUGCCCAGUGUAACUGUUGUCCUUGGAUCUAUUUAAUCAUUGUUCCUGUAGUAUGACAUUAUUUUUGUUAGUGAUUAAACAACAACGACAGAUUUUGUCUUGGUAGAUACAGUAGUGUUUCAAGAUUCGUGAUUGAAUCUUGACGAAGCAUUAAUUAUAAUUAUAGUAAGAAAUGUACACUGAGGUAUUCCUGCCGGUUACAGGCAGAAACGGUUACAGAAGAUAAUCAAGCACUGUGAUCAUCAACAAUAAGAUCACUGUGAAGAGGUAAAAUUUGGAAUCUCAACAAAUUAUAAUUACACGUCUAAUUCCAAAUUUUGAUCUCGAAUCUUUUCCUGCAGUGUCUAUUCUCAGCCGUUAUUGAUUUUGCUAUCAUCGUAAAUGUGAUGCACAAAAUCGGCAAUUAUUUUCCUGCAUGCAAAUGCUAACGUGCAAUUACACAAGCAGCAAAAUAUGUUCUAGUUAUGAAUUAAAACUUUGCUUACAAAAUUAAUGUCGGGGCAUGUGUUGAAUAUUUAAACUCUCAUUCUAUUCUAUGAGCGGCAUUUAUAUUAUGAUUUGAUCACAUUUUGAUGAUGACUGUUUUGUGACCAUUCUUCCCUUUGACAUGAUAUCUUGCAUUAUAUAGAUCUUUAUUUCAAAGAGUUCUGACCUUUUAACUGUUAAUCGUUCCAACAUGAUAAACUUCAUCGUGAAGUGACGUUUUAAAGUUUUUAAAACUCUGAUCUUACACUUGCAUUAAUAAUGUUUACACUUGAAAGCUUGCUGGGUUCGUUUAAGUGUAGACUAAAUGUGAAUCAUGGUCUUCAGACAUAAUACUCGCAAUUGCAAGCUCUUAAGGGGGC